UCAUUUAUGUAUGACUGACAAAUAUGCAUCAUUAAAAGUUAAAAGUGUGUAAUCCAAAUGCAUGGAAAUUGAUAUGAAAUUCAUAUACACAAAUCUUAAAUUCAGGCCUGAAUUUAUACAUAAUUCCGUUCUGGAUUCUUGUAUGCUAUGCUGCUCUAUAGUUUGAUUUUUGACAUGCUAGCGCAGAUAAAUGGUGUAAACCUGAGCAGGGUGGGUCCGGCCCGCUCUUGGCGCUCAUUUGCAAUGCAUAUUGAAGGCUGGCCGUCCUGCCGGCUCAUUUUUGCCGAGUGUCCCCAAACUCCUUCAUUCUCACCGGGGACAAUGAGUGCAGGACUGAAGCUUUAGACCACAUUACUGUGGUGAUCCGUCCAAAAUGAAUCGAAACCGCUACUCGCUUCAGGAGCCUGAUGUCAAAGAGUAUCUGGUGAAGGGAGACAGGUUCACAAAAUGGAAAGAAGACUCCAAAAAAACCACACCGGUCACCAUGAAGAUGGAUCCGAAAGGAUUUUACCUGUACUGGAUCAAUCAGAGCAAGGAAACUGAGUUUUUGGAUAUCGCCACCAUCAGGGACACAAGAGCGGGAAAAUAUGCCAAACUCCCUAAACAUCCAAAGGUUCGCAACGUCUUCAACAUGGAUUUCCCUGACAGCCAUCAUCUGGCCAAAGCGCUGACCAUUGUGACGGGAACAGACAUUGUCAACCUCACCUAUCACAACUUCUUCGCUGCUAAAGAAGUGUCUCAGAUGUGGGCAGACGACAUCCUGGCUAUAGCAUAUAACACAGUGAGAGCAAACGCCUGCAGACAGGUCUUCCUGGAGAAAGUGUAUGUCCGCCUCUCAUUGCAGACCAACAAAGAUGGAAAAAUCCCUGUUAAAAACAUCUUAAAGAUGUUUCCAGCAGACAAGAAAAGAGUGGAAGCUGCUCUGGCUGCAGCAAAUCUCCCGAAAGGAAAGUUUGAUACCAUUAAGCCUGAUGUGUUCACUGAAGCGGCGUUCAAGACCUUUAUACUGAAUCUCUGUCCCAGACCUGAAAUCAAUGAAAUCUUCACGUCCUUCACCAAAGGAAAGGGUUUCAUGACGAAGGAGAUACUGACCAAGUUUCUGAACGAGAAACAGCGAGAUUCCCGUCUCAAUGAGGAGCUGUUUCCACUCAUCAGAAUCGAGCAGGUGAAGAAUCUCAUAGAGAAAUAUGAGCCGAGCUCGUCCAACGCCAGCCGCGGUCAGAUUUCUGCAGAAGGUUUGAUGUUUUACCUGAUGGGAACUGAGACAUCAGUGGUGAAACUGGACAAACUGGCCCAGAGUCAUGACAUGUCCCAACCAAUCUCACAUUACUUCGUCAAAUCUUCCCACAACACCUAUCUCACAGCGGGGCAGCUGGCGGGUGUCUCGUCUCCGGAGAUGUACCGCCAGUGUCUCCUCGCUGGGUGCCGCUGCCUGGAGCUCGACUGCUGGAAGGGCAAACCGCCAGAUGAAGAGCCAAUCAUCACCCACGGCUUCACCAUGACAACCGAGAUCCUCUUCAAGGAUGUGAUUGAAGCAAUCGCUGAGAGUGCCUUUAAAACAUCCAAGUAUCCUGUUGUCCUUUCGUUUGAGAACCACGUUGAUUCAGUGAAGCAGCAGGAGAAGAUGGCCAACUACUGCAGGACGAUCUUUGGAGACGCUCUGCUCGUUGAUGUACUGGAAAAAUAUCCUCUCAAGCCGGGUCAUCCGGUGCCGAGUCCAUCUGAGCUGAUGGGUAAAAUACUGAUCAAGAACAAGAAAAGCAGCGCACCUCCCAGCAAACCAGAACAGGUCAAGAAAGCACCCGGUCCAGAACAAGCAAACGGACCUGCGGACGAUUCUGAGUCCAACCAACCCGCCGAUCCAAACCAACCCGCUCCAGCAAACCCAGAGGCCAGCGACCCGCCGCAUGCAACCGAUGACCGUGAAGAGCAUGAUGACCACGAUGAUCACGACGAAGAGAAGAUGAAGAACUCUGAUGAGGGAACUGCUGGACAGGAAGUGACAGCAUACGAGGAGAUGUCCGCUCUGGUCAACUACGUACAGCCCAACAAAUUCAUCUCUUUUGAGAACGCAGCCAAAAAAAACAAGAGUUUUGUCAUCUCUUCCUUCGUGGAAACCAAAGGCGAGAGUCUGAUCGCUAAGAACGCUGUGGACUGGGUGGAAUAUAACAAGAGGCAGAUGAGCCGUAUCUACCCUAAAGGAACCCGUGUGGACUCUUCAAACUACAGUCCUCAGCCCUUCUGGACCGCCGGCUGCCAGUUUGUGGCGCUCAACUACCAGACUAUGGAUUUCCCCAUGCAGCUCAACAUGGCUCUGUUUGAGUUUAACGGCAGGACGGGUUACAUCCUCAAACACGACGUGCUCCGUCGCAACGACAAGAAGUUCGAUCCCUUCUGUGACAGGAUUGACACCAUUAUCGCCAGCACUCUUUCCAUUAAGAUUUACUCCGGUCAGUUCCUGUCGGAUAAGAAUGUGAAGACCGGAGUGGAGGUCGAGCUCAUCGGUUUGCCCAAAGACCCCAAACGCAAAUACCGCACCAAAUGGAGCACGACGCCCAACGCCAUCAACCCCGAGUGGAACGAGGAGCCUUUCGUCUUCGAGAAGGUCUUGCUGCCGGAGAUGGCCUACCUCAGACUCGUGGUUCAGGAGGAGGGCGGCAAGUUCUUGGGUCACCGAAUAAUCCCUCUGGACGCUCUGCAGACAGGUUUCCAGCACAUCUGUCUGCGCAGCGAGAGCAACAUGCCGCUCACGCUGCCGUCUCUGUUCGUUCACAUCGAGGUGAAGGACUACAUCCCCGCAGCAUUCGCUGAUUUCUCCGAUGCACUUUUCAAUCCUGUGAAGACUUCAAAGCCACCGAAGACUGAGAGUUUAACAUACGUGUGUGAAUAUGAGUUACCUCUCGCUGACGGAGCUCAGACGCCGGCCGCUCCUGCUGCCGCCGCAGAACCGAAGGCAGCAGAAGAAGCUCCAGCAUCAUCAGAGGCUGAGGCUGCAGUGACUCCAGCAGAGGGCGACGCUGCACCUCCGGCUGAACAGACUCCAGCGCCAGAACCAGAACCUGAACCUGAACCUGAACCAAAACCAGAGGAAAAACCAGAGCCUGAGCCCAAACCAGAGGAAAAACCAGAGCCAGAACCUGAACCCAAACCAGAGGAAAAACCAGAGCCAGAACCUGAACCCAAACCAGAGCCAGAGCCAGAACCUGAACCCAAACCAGAGGAGAAAACUGAACCAGACCCUGAACCCAAACCAGAAGAAAACCCAGAACCUGCUGCAGAUGCAGUUGCUGUUGUCACGGAGACCAAAGAAUCCAGUGAGGAAACCCCAUCUGAUCUAUCAGAUAUCACCACCGUGACCUGUGAAGAACUGCAGCAGCACAAGAACUUCCUGAAAGUCGCCAAGAAACAGGAGAAAGACCUGAAAGACACAGAGAAGAAGUUUCAGAAGAAACGAGAAGAACUGAUUCAGAAAUACAGCGACCAGUUCAAAGCCUUGAAGAAGAAGAACACGGGCAAGAAGUCUGGAGAUGAUCCAGGUGACCAGCUGAAUGAACUCAAGCAGAAGCUGAAGUCGGAGCUCAGGGCUCUGCUGGUGGAGCAACACGAUCAAAUCAAGAAGAAGAAAGAACAACACAACACUGAGCGUUUGACCAAACUCCUGGAAAUGGCCACAGAGAAGCACUGCAGUGAGAUCAAGGCGCUCAACAGUGAGCCCAAGAAGAAAGACAAAAUGAAGAAAUGCAAAAGUACGGAGCAGCUUGACAAUGAUAACGCUCAGUCGGCAGAUAACAGCAGCACUGAUGGUUCACCGCAGGAACAGAGUCUGAAGAAGAAACAGGCCGCCACGCUGGCCAGCAUCAGAGAACUGAUCAGUCAGCUGAAUAAAGACGCCGUGGCCGAACACGUGAAGAAGAUGUGGUCUCUGCCCGGUGACCUGUCCGAGGCCGUCAACUCCUGCAUCCAGCCGCAUUUCCCAGAGCAUGUGGAGAAGGCCGGCGAGACCCGCUCGGAAAACACCGGACAGUUCAGCCAUGUGUUCGUAGGAUGAGCUCCAUCAUAACAGAAGUUCAAAUGAACUCAACAUUAAUAUUUAUAAUUUUAAUUUAUUUGACGCUUGUUUAUAUUUUAGUAUAUACUUUGUUCUUUUCAUUAGGUAAGACAAAACUAAGGACAUGUCUGCUUUAAUGCAAAUUAGUACUCAACCUCGCAGAAAAAUCAGGAGAAAAUUAGUGCAUAACGUGAAAAAUCUCAUGAGAACUGUCAGGGCCAUAUUUCACUUCAAAAUAAAGAGGAAAAAAUAAGAAAUUUUGCAUUAAGAAGAGUUUUAGGACCAUAACAAAACUCAUAUAUAUACAGUAUGUAUCUAUGUAUGUAUAUUUUAUUAGAUUUCCUUUCUUUUUCUGCUUAUUAUGACGUGAAAAAUGAUUUUAUGAAUGAAAUUAACCCUGUUUUAAGAUUGCUUUUAGAUUUUAGUUUAUUUAUUUAUUUAUUUUAACUAUGAGGUGAAAUAUGAUUUUAAAUUCAUUUAAGCUUGUUUUUUGUUGUUGUUGUUGUUUUUAGGACCAUUAAGAUUUUUUUGCAUUUUGACAUUUACUCAUUUUGCCCACCAACUGUUGUACUGUAAUACAUAUACAUACACACACUUAUAUUUUAUACUCAUAUGUAAUGUUUAUUACAUGAGCUUAAGUCUAAGAGAUCGGUAUAAUGUAAUUUAAGGCUAUAUGUCAUUGACAUUUAUUUGAGCAACCAAAUUCACAUAAACAAAUAUACUUUUCUGAGAGAUGCACUUUGGUUUGUAAAUGUUUUGUCCAGGUGGAGGUGAUAGAUAAAUGUAAAAACACAUCGGCAUUGACAGCAAGCACGUUCACUCUGGUUUGGUACAAUAGGAUCUGCUUUUAGUGGCAAGACUUCAAGUAAAAUGACGUUCAGGUUCACGGUGUGUUUUCACUCAGAAAAUGAUAAGGAGAGGACAGAGAAUGACAGUGAGUCAGUCCGUCCAUCAGCGAUCGGCCCACACGCUAUUAUUCAGAUGAUUUGGUUGAGUCUGUGUCCUAAAUAACACUUACAGUUCACAGUCGGACAGUCAAUAUCACUAAAUAAACCCAGACCACCACUGACUGUAUCUCGCUUUUACACACAUACUGACCCAAUAAAUAAAUAUGAAAUACUGAUGGGAGUGAAAAUGGUUUUAUUAUGUAAGUAUAGAGCAUGUGGAGUGAUACUUUCCGCCUCUAAUUUUACAGCUGUGAAGAUUUCAAUGAGGGUCUUAAAAUAGCUGAAUGGAUUCUGGAUGGCAGGGUGUUUAUUUCAGGCGGAGAGAGGGUUAUUAUAGUUAACUAAAACUAAAACCAUAAAAACGAUUUUGAAAAACUUUUCUUAAACUGAAAUAAAAUAUAUCUAAAAAAAAAAUUGAAUUAAAUUGUACACUAUUUUAAUUCAGCUAGUUGCCAAGGCAACAUAUCUUUUUCAUUUUGUUUAACCUGAUUGAAAUAAAAAUAUCUUUAACUGAAAUAAGAUUAUUUUAAAAUGUAAAAAUGUUUUUAACUUAUUUUAUCUCAGCCAA